AUGGUUUAUGAUCGACGACAAAUCCGUGGAAUAACUGAUUUAUCCUCACGGAUUCAUGACGUCAGCCAUGAAGAUAUCAGCCGUGAAAAUAUCAACUAUAACGAUAUUAAGCAUUGUGAC